GAUCCUAUAUGCAGCAAAGCAACGCACUAGCGAAAUAGUGUAAAAGUUUUGUUUUGUGGAAAGGAAAUAUUCACUGUUGGUCGUUGCUUUAAAGCCUAAAGGGAGCUUUAGUAGCUGCAGGAGGGACCGCAUUUAUUGAUAAAUACUACACUCUAAAGAUGUCGCUAACAGGACUAAAGAAACAAUACAACAAAGUGUCUCAGUUUAUGAUUGAGAAAACUGGCAAGGAUGAAGGGACACCAUUGGACGAUGACUACAGAGAUUUGGAGAGGCAAACGGACUCCACUGUUACCGCCAUUGAUGGUCUUUUAUCAAAAACUAAAGAAUUCCUCCAGCCUAAUCCAACUGCUAGAUUAAGGAUGGCAGUCACUAGUAAAGGUAAAUCCGGUUACCCUCAACCGGAAGGAGCUUUAGGUGAUGUUAUGCUCAAAGGAGGAACAGAAUUAGGAGAUGACUCUAGCUUUGGGUUAGCAUUAUGCGAUGCAGGGGAAGCCAUGAAGCAGCUUGCUGAUAUCAAAGAUGCUCUGGAUUUGAAUUCAAAGGCUAAUUUCUUGGACCCAUUGAAUACCCUACUCCAGAAAGACAUUAAGGAGAUCAUGCAUCAUCGUAAGAAACUGUCUGGUCGACGUCUCGACUAUGAUGCUAAGAGGAGGAGGCAAGCUAAAGGGUCCAAUAUCACUGAUGACGAGAUUGGCCUCGCACUUGAGAAAUUUGAAGAGUCCAAACAGCUAGCAGAGGAAGGGAUGACCAACCUCCUUGAAUCUGAUGUUGAACAAGUCACUCAGUUGGAUUCAUUUGUUGAGUCACUUAUUGACUACCACAGACAGUGCUGUGAGGUCCUGGAGGGUCUCCACUCCUCCCUCUCCAGCCGCAUCUCUCAGGCUUCAUCCCGUCCUGCCCGUCAGCAUAAACCAAAACCCAUCCAACGCCAGCCAACAUCCAGUUACAAGGGUGGUUCAUCAUCAGAUGAAGCUGCUACUAACAGCAUGCCUCCAGCAUAUUCUGCCCCCAAGCCAUCAAAGAAGGCCAGCAGCAAGCCAAUGUGCCGGGCUCUUUACGACUUUGAGCCAGAGAAUGAAGGAGAGCUUGGUUUCAACGAGGGAGACGAGAUCACCCUCGUCACUGAGAUAGAUGAGAAUUGGUUGGAAGGUGAACUGGGCGGGACCGUUGGGUUCUUCCCGAAGAAUUACGUUGAGAUAGUCGUACCUCUGUAAAAACCCAACUCAUCAGAACAUGUAUGCAUACUUAUUGCUGUAUGUGAUUUCCUUGGGUGCCUGUGUUUUACAAGGCACACAAGCUCUUAGUCCUCUUAAUUUGCUAUGCUGUAAUUAUUAUUAUUGUAUUUUGAUUAUUACUAUUAUUAUUAUUAUUAUUAUUAUUAUUAUUAUUAUUGUUAUUAUUAUUGUUAUUAUUAUUAUUAUUAUUAUUAUACUUGAUCUCAUAUGCCAACACACUGAACUGCGUUUCUACUUACUACAGUGCAGGACACUAGCUAAUUAUGAUUUUUAUGUCUUUUUUUUUUCAUUAAUAAGAAUUAUUAAAAUCCUCUUCUCUCAA